AUGGAGCCAAAACUAGCAAACGCUAAUGAUAUGAAAACGUAUUUAAACUGUCGUAAGAAAUCUUUACAGCAUUUCAAAGAUAAUAAAAGUGGUGGUUUGACUACUAAGGACGCUGUGCAGUUUUUAUUGCAAGGAACCUUGAAGCGGAAAGUAUGCCGAUUUUGUUUGUCAAUAACAACCUCUUUAUCGGAAUUGGAUGAGAUCCUUGAAGUGGCCAGUUUAGGGGCAUUAUAUCAAGUCACUAUUAGGGAUAUGAUCGCUAGCUUCUAUCCUUUUCAGGUGUCAGAUGAUCCCAACUUUCCCAGCAAAAUAUGCACCAAAUGCUUAGAUAAAACAAUUAGCUCAUAUUUAUUCACACAGCAAUGUGAACGCGCUGAACGUGCAUUACGUAACUACUUCAAUGAUAUUAAUGAAAAGUUUGAGAAGUUAGACCCUCUCGAACGGGUCAAAAAACGAGGAAGACGAAAAUUGAAUCCAAACUUCAAUAUGCUGUACGUAGAUUAUAAAAAAGUUAUGAGUUAUGCAGAUCCAAUAAUUAAUAUAGUAAAUAUUGGUGCAUCGCUUGAAGAAAACGAAGAUGAAAUGGAAAUAAGUGAAUUAGAAUGUCCAAGAUGUUGGCUGGUAUUACCCAACAUAGAAUCAUUAAUCAAUCAUGAGAAAAUCCAUCCAAAAUCUAUGUGGUAUAACUGUAGACUUUGUGGCAAAUCAUUUGUCAAAUAUUCUCAAUACAAAAAUCACAAAAAGCAGAUUCAUAUAUCUGGAAAAAAGUCUGAUACCAAUAUAACAAAAAAAGAAUUUAAAUGUAAUGAAUGUGGGCUGGUUUCAGAAGAUGUUGGAAAACACUUGCAACAUAUAGAAAAACAUAAAUUUAAACAGGUUAUAGAACAUUUAAUUGAAAGGAAAAUGAAUGAUUUAUGUACAGUCUGCAUGGAGAAGGGGGAAAAAAUGAUGGAAUUGAAUGAAACAUUACAUUUUCAUGCAGGAUACCCUGAGUUAACUGGAGAAAAGUCUUUAGCUACUAUAUUGACCGCAACUAUUCCUGAGAUGAACACUGUUCAUGACAACACUGGGACAAAAAUUUGCGAAACAUGUCUAAAUCAUGCAUUAGCCUCUUACAUUUUUGUUAAUAAGAUUAAAUACACUAGAGAUAGAUUACAGACAUGUAUUAGUCUAAUGUUAGAGAAUUUAAAAGAAGUAGGCAAUUCAGAUAAUUACCGACACAUAAUGGUAGAAAUAUCAGCAGAUACUAUUUUACCUUUAAUGGUGAAGGAAGAACCGGUAGAAGAUGUUUUUCAAAGUGAAGAUUGUGAUAUAGAUGAAUCAAAAUUAAAAGUAGAGGUCCUAGAGGAUGAAUUUAGAAUAGAAUCUGAAAGCUCGGACGAUGACAGUUCAAAAUUUGAAGAUUUUAGUAUAGAAGAGGAAAACAUUAAGAGAAGUGACAAUCUUAAAAAUACUCACUAUCCAUUUAGUGCUAAUACAAAUUUAUUUUUUGACAAUCCAGCAAGAGAUGCUACCAAAAAAUAUUUUAAUAAAAAACUAGUGAAUGGUUAUCAAAUAAAGGGAACAAACAGCCAUAAUUUGAAAAACACCCCUGUUGAUAAUAUCUGUAGUGAAUUCUUAACAUUUAAAAUGAAACCAAAGCCAUUAAAGAGGCGUAAACCUAAAUUUACAUGUCCUUUCUGUGGUAAACAUUUCAUUUCGGAUUAUUUCCUUAAAAAGCAUGUUUUGAAGCACAUUAACAUGAAAAUAAAUUGCCAUUUAUGUUCAAAGCAAUUUAAAUCAAAGUUCUAUCUAUUUGAACAUAUUAAGAUGGUUCACAUUGCAAACGAUAAAUCCUAUAGUGUGUGUAAGAUAUGUGGUAGAAGUUUUGCGGACUUAAAAAUGUUACUAAAACACAAAAAAACACAUGAGACCAAAGAAUGUCUGCUGUGCGAUAAAUUGUUCUCGUCCCAGAAACGUUUUGACAGUCACUUACAAAGGCAUGCAGUCAAAUUCAACAUGGUCAAGAAACUUAAAGUCCAGAUAUGCAGUUUUUGUGAAAAAGAGUGUUCAAAUGGAAACGAACUAUCUCUGCACGUGAAUAAGUCACAUUUGCAAAUAAAACCUUACAGUUGUGAUAUGUGCGAGAAACAAUUCUACACAGAAUACAAUUUGAGUUGUCAUAAAAAAGUGCACAGUUCGUAUUCAAAGGAGACUUGUGAAUUCUGUAAAAAAGUGUUUAAGUGUAGGAAAGACUUGGUUAUUCAUCUUAGAAAGCAUAUAGGCACGAAACCCCAUCACUGUCAGGUUUGUCAACAAUCUUUCUAUUCAGAUAAAGGCUUAAAUAGUCAUAUGAGACGGACUCACGGAGGUAGAUUUUGUUGUCGACUUUGUAAAUUGAUAUUUAAUAACAAAAUGGACCUUAAGACCCAUGUAAAUGUAACACAUAAUGUUAUUUAG